CACAGACUCUGCCCUCUCCAUGAAACCUGAACACCUUGUAUAAGUACAGUCGACAAUCCGUGUCUCAAUGCUCUUCCCAGACCUCAACGAUCUCGCCUACUAAUCACAGCUUCUACUUGUUCGUUCAUCCGCCUGCGGAUUCUAAUAUUGUUUGUUUAUAAUCUUCAUAAUGAGGUCCUCCGGUUUCAGCGCUUCCGCGCUCAGCAUUCUUGCUCUGGCAUCAUCUGCUUCGGCCUUCUGGCGCAUGCCCUGCCCUGGACGUGUUGCUACUGAGCGUCUUGACCCUAUCGUUUCGCCCGGCAAGGUCGCCGGCCAUGUUCACACCAUCUCCGGUUCCAACGGAUUCAAGGCUGAGAUGACUUACGCCGAUGCUCAGGCAGGCGCCUGCUCUUCAUGCCCUAUCAAGCAGGACAUGUCCAACUACUGGACCCCCAAGCUCUACUACCAAUCUGAGAACGGCACAUUUAUCGAUGUCCCUCAGGCUGGUGAUGGUCAGGGCGUUUUCGGCGGCAUGACCGUCUACUACCUGCAAAGAGGUGGCCCUAACAACGACAACCUUACCGCUUUCCCCAAGGACUUCCGCAUGCUUGCCGGUGAUCCUUUCAAGCGUGCAUACACCGACGACUUCGCCGGUCAGGCUAUCAGCUUCGUCUGCCUCGACUACAGCGGUACCUCUUCUUACCACAGCGGCCUUCCCAACAAGGUCUGCCCUGACGGCAUGCGCGCCCAGGUCUUCUUCCCUUCCUGCUGGGAUGGUGUCAACCUCGACUCAUCCGACCACAAGUCACAUAUGGCUUAUCCUACCAAGUACUCCUACGACAACGGCCCCUGCCCUGCAGACCAUCCCGUUCACAUGAUCUCCAUUUUCUUCGAGGUUAUCUACUCCACUGCUGGUUUCGACUGGUGGAACGGCACUACUCAGCCCUUCGUCUUCGCUCAGGGUGACCCCACUGGUUACGGGUUCCACGGUGAUUUCGUCAACGGCUGGGAUGUCGACGUUCUCCAGAAGGCUACCGACACCUGCAACAACGACUCCGGUCUCAUCACUGACUGCCCUGUUUUCGAAUUCUUCAGCAACGCCGAGUCUCAGGCAUGUGUCAUUGCCCCUACUGUUCAAGAAGUUGUCACUGGCGAAUUGGACAAGCUUCCUGGCUGCAACCCCGUUACCUACGGUCCUGGCAGAGCUCCUACCUCUGAGGCUGGCUGCACUGACAGUAUUACCCUUGGAGCUGCUCCCAUCUACUACCAGAACGUCACUGGAUGGGACUACGUUGGUUGCGGUCCUGACUCAGUCAGCAGCCGCACUCUUGGCAACUCCUCCUUUAUGUCGGACUCCAUGACUGUCGAGAAGUGCUUGUCUUACUGCAAGAACAAGGGUCUCAACUACGCUGGUCUUGAAUACGCCACCCAGUGCUACUGCGGCAGUUCUCUUCCCUCUAGCCUCGCCCCCACUACCGGUGUCCUCGGCAACUGCUUCUCUCCCUGUGCUGGUAAUUCUUCCCAGUACUGUGGUGGUUCCAACCGUCUGAGCAUCUACUACACUGCCGAUGUUUCUUCCACAGUCUCAUGCCCCUCUGGCGAUGGCACCAACUUCACCACUCCCAACAACGCCACCUUCGGCAUCAGCUGCGCUGGCGACUACAGCGGCAAGGAUCUCAGCAUGGUCUACGUCAACAACGGCAUUCAGGAAUGUGUCAAGACUUGCAGUACCACUGCUGGUUGUGUUGCUGUCUCCCUCUCCGGAAGCGCCUGUUACAUGAAGAGCACUGCUGGCUCGAUGAAGACUUCUUCGGGUGUCCAAGCUGCCAAGCUCAUCUCUGGCGGUACCGCCGCUGCCUCUUCUUCAUCUUCGGCUGCCGCUUCCUCCACCAAGGCUUCUUCGACCAGCUCUUCUGCCUCAUCCACCAGCUCCACUGCCAGUGUUGCCACCAACUCUGCUGGUUCCGUCUACAACCUCUACUACUCCUCCGAUUCGGGCCAAGGCUCGUUUGCCAACACUCAAGCUUCCAGCUCAUACACCGACUGCAUGACUGCUUGCGAUGCCAACUCCAAGUGCACUGCCUUCACCUAUGUAGGUGGUAAGAACGGUGCUGGCUCAGGCACAUGUUGGCUGAAGAGUCAAUUGGGCAGCCCUGUGUCGGCCAACAAUAAUGUCCUUUCGGGCUCGCGUGUCAGCCUUGGUAGCAAGGCUGCUGGUUCAUCUUCCAGCUCGUCUUCUGUUUCUUCUUCCUCCAUCUCUUCUGCCUCUGGCUUCGUUACCGCUUCUGGCACCAGCGCAAAGGUCACUGCCUCCAGCACUUCGAGUAGCGCUUCUUCCACCGCCAGCAGCACCGUCGCUGCCUGCCCCGCUGGUGACAACACUCUCUACACUGACAAGACCACCGGUGCUCAAUUCCUCAUUGAGUGUGGUACUGACCACGCCGGUGGUGACUUGAAGAUGGUUUACGUCAGCGACUUCGCUUCCUGCAUCCAGACUUGCGCUCAGACCACUGGCUGUGUCGAUGUUUCGCUCUCUGGUACUGCUUGCUACAUGAAGAAGUCUGUCGGCUCUGUCGUCAAGUCCAGUGGCAUCAAGGGUGCUAAGCUUAUCUCCUCUGGCACUGCCUCUUCCACUUCCAGCACUGCUACUGCCAACGUCAACGUUGCACAGAAGGCCGCCUCGACAGCCAAGUCUUCAAGCUCCAGCAGCAAGACCACUUCCAGCGUUGCCACUUUGAAGACUGCAGUCAAGAAGGCCGUCAAGGUCACUUCCACCUCUUCUUCCAAGAAGGCAACCGCUACCCACAAGUAAAACACUUGUGUUUCUCUCUUAUGUCUCCCAUCUCUUAUGUCAUAAUGAACCAAGGCAGGGCCAUCCCAUCUAUUCGGAAAGAGGAGGAUUAAAAAGUAAGAACUAUCGGGCUCACUGAAAAAGCAAAACCCACAAAAAAACACGAUAGAAGAACGACUAUCUAAUGCAGGGAUGAGGAUCUUGAUGAUCUUGGAGAUCCUUUUGGGCAGUGCCCUUGAUCUCGACUUCUUUCUUCUUGUUAAUACAACAGGUUGUAUGUACAUAACUUUUUAAUAGUCUCUAGAAGACACCCUAAUCUUAAUCAAUACUUUUACACCGAAAC